GUUUCGAGUCGACACAAGAGAAAGGAGUCAACACGGGGAGCGCGAGCCGCCGUUUGAAGGGCUCUGAUCCUAAAGCUGUAAUGAUUGGUCCUCCGUGUGACGGCAUAAUUACACCACUCUGAGAAACCUUACACCGGAGGACGUCAUAUCUAAGUGAGACAAACCUGCAGUACAGGUGGACGGGGCUCUCGUGGCAUGACGACCACAAACAAGGGAAACAAGGCCUUGAAGGUGAAGCGGGAGCCGGGAGAAAAUGGUACCAGCCUGACAGACGAUGAGCUGGUCACCAUGUCAGUGCGGGAGCUGAAUCAGCAUCUACGGGGCCUGUCAAAGGAGGAAAUCCUGCAGCUGAAGCAGCGGCGGCGCACUCUGAAGAACCGCGGCUACGCUGCCAGUUGCCGGGUGAAGCGGGUCACUCAGAAGGAGGAGCUGGAGAAGCAAAAGGCUCAGCUGCAGCAGGAGGUGGACAAGCUGGCCACCGAGAACGCCAGCAUGAAGGUGGAGCUGGACGCGCUGCGUUCAAAGUAUGAAGCGCUGCAGAGCUUUGCCAGGACUGUGGCCCGUAACCCCGUCACCUCAGCUAGGGGACCCAUGGCCUCUGUCAUAGGUCCACUCAUCCCCGGUAAAGUAGCCGCCACCAGCGUCAUCACCAUCGUCAAAUCGAAAACGGAGGCUAGGUCGUAGUAGCAGAGAGAGCGGGAUUGACACGUUCGAGGCUAAAUUAGUCAGUGCAUUGUAACAUGCCACCGGAUCAGCUGUGCAAAUUAUCAGUUUUAACCAUGGCGCCAAAUCAGUCACACCUAAAGUUUGUACAGUUUGUUUGUUUUUUUUAAGACUUGAUGUCUUCUCCGUCCUCAGAUUGGAUAUAUAUGCAAUUUCCUGCCUGCUAAAACUCGUAAAAUCCUCGAUCGGACAAGGCAUUACUUGUAUCCUAUUCCAUUGCGUGGCCCAGGGAAUGACCCGGCACAUCUAUGAACUCUGAACUUUCUCGCAUGCUACGAUGCACUGACUCGAAUGAAGAGGAAAAACAAACAUCACGACCCCCAUGUGGGUGCUACAGAUGUCUUUCAAGCAGCCUGACUCGCCUAAAAUGAGUAAAAUUAGUCCAAUUUGUGAUGUCAGUCGUCUGUCGAGGAUAUAAGCGUGAAAUAAUGCUCCGGUAUCUAGCAUUUAUUUCAGUUUAUGCAUCUGUGGCAGGCUUUAACGAACUCGUCAUGAUCUAUAUGACUGGUAGAUGCAAUAAUAUGUGUAUGCACUGAAAAAUACAAAGAGUUCUUGCAUAUUUGGAGCAAGCGGAAAUGUCAAAUGUGAUCAGCACUUCCGAAUGGCAUUCGGGAGCCGAGUGCCAUUCCAGUAUGACAAGAUUCUUCUGCGAUAUCCGAAAAGCCUGAAUGUUAUGACAGUAAUAUCCUCGUGUUUUGUGGGGGACAGCGUUUAUCCACAAACAUUUUGAAACAUAGUUUUUGCUCAUGUAGAAAAUAUGUUCCGUUUGGGUUUGUUUAAAAGAUAUAUAUGGCUUUUUUUUUUUUUUUCUUUUUUUUGCUUUUUUGCUUUUGUGGGGUUUUUUUUGUAUUAUUAUUAUUUUGUAAUUACUCGUUGACAGGGCCGUCAAGAUAUUUCCAAAAGAAAAAUCUUUACACAAGCUUUACUGUUUGAAUUGUUAAGGUGUGGAAAACUUUGUCUAAUGUUUGAGUUCUUGGUUUUUGUUACUAGGUAGAUUACCUUCCAUUGUUUAUAAAUAUACAGAAAAAGAAAACAAACAUAAUAAUUACCGUAAAACAAAAACAAACAAACAAAAAAAUCCUGUGACAUCUUUUUUGCAAUUGUACCGAAAGUGGCUUACUAUUGAAGUCUGAUAGCUUUUUCUAGUGAAUAGGCGCAUACUGUGAGGUAGCGCGUGAUGUGACGUGUAAGUGACAAAUUGGCAGUGUCGUUCACUGUAUAGAUGUCAAUGCUGUGCUAUUUUUAAAAACAAAUCUGUAGAGCUAAACUAGGUGGUGUAAACAAGGUCAAGUGUCUUGUGCGUAUUGGCAUCUGUGAUAUCCGCCGCUUCCUUGGUGUUAGUCAAAAAAAUCAUACCGCCAUUAAGAGUUCACCAUAAUGAGCCAUGCAGGAUGGAAUUAGGUGAAAUGACAUUUGGUCACGCAAAAGGCUGCAUUUUGCUGAACUGCAGUUCAACCAAUAUUAGUUUACCUGAAGCUAGGGCCGAUUGAUCAAAUGUUUUAAAAUUGGAGUUUUCUCCUAUGAUGCACAAGAAAAUUUGGGGACUGGUUGUACUGUCUCAUUCAUUAUUAGUGUUAAAUUAACCCAAACGUACAAAAUUUCCCGUUCUGCAUCAUUAGUGUUGACCUUCGCGCUAACGGUUACCAUCAGCCACAGUUAGCAUGUCCACAUAUGCUAACACUAACCACAGUUCAGUACUUUAACAUUUCCCGCAAUUCCCCUGGUGGCCCCCUACACUUCCCAGAAUGCACCGUGGCGCCAACAGACUACCGGCCUUUCAAAGCCAUGUAAACAAUGGCUAGCGAGGCUGUGGUUGGCUUCCAUUUGACACGUUGAGAGGGUUAUCUAGAAAGGUGUAGCACCUGCGAUGAACCUCUGCUGUGACCCGAGGUUGUCGUGUUGUCCAUAUUUCACGAGGUGUGUUUACAUUGUGCCCUAAAUGGGAACUCUGCUGAAAUAGACCUCUUGCAUAAGUCACGGACCGCGAGAUGGCACGAGAUUCACAACUGCAAAACAGUGAAUGAGUGUUUUCUUGAAGGUUGUGGGUGUAACAAUUCCAGGGAUCAACAGCAGUGCACUGUCGAUCUGCAAACUUGGUGGUUUCCAGAAAACAUCAGAAAAACUGCUCACUGUUCUGUGGAAAAUGUCUAUAAUUAACUGUUGUGUGGCGUUCAUAUUUUUGGUAAUCAGCCAAUGUUUGCGGUUCUAGUGGACCCCCUGCAUUAUUGGGGUUUUCGAUCAAUGCAAACAAACAAUUUUAAAUGAAAAUACCCAACAAAUUCCAAUUAAAGCAAUGUAAACAACAUAUAUGGUUAACAUUUGCCCUUUAACUUUGUUAGACUAUAUUUCUCAGUUUGUUUUUUGUGUUUAAAAUGUAAUUAAAAAUGGAAAAAAACUGACAAUGAUGAUAAUAAUAAUCAACAUAUGGACAGAAAACAUUAAAUUUGAACAAAUUUGUAAAUGAGAGGUUUUCUGAUAGUAAAAAUUUAAAGCAGGUCCCACAGACCCAAACACCAUACGAGGGUUAACACAAAUGUUUAGUGUAACACAGCCCAGUGAUUACAAAACCAGUGAAGAAAUCUCAUCUGUGUCCAUCAAAUUGUUCAGCCCUACCUAUAGCCAAGAAUUAUUUUGCCUUUUGCAGAAUUUAAAUAAGGAUUGUACUCUGUGAUGGAUUCCUGUCAUAGUUAUGACUUAACUAACAUCAAAGUAAGUGACUUUGUUCUGGGAACAUUUCCGAAUCAUUCCCACCACUUAAUCUGUCAAAUUCUAGUACUGUGCAACAGUUUUUCACGUGUUUAAUCAUGUCAAAAUAAACUUAAUAUCUAAUGUAUGUAAAUAAGUAAAAGCUGUGAUGAUUUUUUCCCCCCCUUUAAAAAAAAACAAAACAAAACAAAAAAAACUAUAAAUUUGAGAGCCACGGCGUGCUGAGCACACCUGAUCCAGUCAGAUGUGAAGCAGAGUGCGUGCUGAUUAAUACUUGAGUGGGACACUGAGGAGCAGUGAGCAGGUUUCUCCCUGUAGAACCGGAGUUGUGUACCAGAUCUGCUGUGGGGAGCCUGAACAACUAUGAGAUCGGCAGCAAACACCCACGCACACAAAUCCUAAAUUGUCUAAUUUCUUUUGGAUUGUAUUCUGUUUUAUAUUAAGUGAUCAACGCUGUGAAAUUUUAAAGAAAGAUGAGUUUUGUAACAUAACUUGUCCUCCUCUUAAUUAUUGUUUAGACAUUUUAAAUCUGAUUUUUUUUUUUUUUUAAUGACAGUCUGAUAAAGAAAAAAUAUUGCUAAAUUUCAUCAAACUUUUGGGGUGGAUAAAACUUUUGCACAGUACUAAAUGUCACAGGAAUAAUGUGACCAACGCUGCAAAACUUUAGUUUCAUGACAAAAUAAUUGUUGGCAAACAGCAGGUUGUUACACAGUUUACCACCAGACCGGAUCAUAAAUACACCAACAUCAAUUUACUGAAAGUGUUUUGGGUACACGGUGCGGCAUUAAAUCUAAAUUUAUUGACGGACUUCAGAAGGGGAAGUUUAAAGCGGAAGGUUUCGUAUGCACUAAGCUCCUGCUUGUUUUGCUCAGGACAAAACAGGUCACGCUAAAAAUGAACAAAGCGGAUGAGAAGCUGAGUGGUUGGGUUGGCAGCUCUGUUCUUUGUUUUUUUUUUUUCUUCUUUUUUAUAAUAAGCAUGUCAUAAAGGGCUUCAAUCUGCACUUGGAAAGAGACGCAGCGUGGCCACGUGGAUCCAACAGGUGCCAGCGGCGCUGCUUCGGUGCCAAGUGUGGCAUCGUGGCUGCAGGUCCUCUAAAAGGAAUUUAACAGUUAAGCAGUUUUACACCUCAAGGUGAAAGUAGUUUUGUAACAACAUGAAAUGCACUUCAUCCGAAACUUUAUUUGCCCGCUGGUUCGGAACACCUUGCAGUGAGGCGUCCGGCUUCAAAUUGCACAAAUACCACGCCAGAGGCUGCAGCACUGGCUUAACUGUUUGUGCGCACGUAUCCUAUCGUCGCUGCGUCGACGUGCUUCGCUGUCCGCAUUGACUGGUUAACUGUGGGAAAAAUAUUUAUCCGACUUUCAGCGUAGCCCAGUAUUGAUGUUGGCGUCCUUGUUGCUGUGGCAGUCUUGUGGAGUGAAUCUUUUUCGUGUCAAGUGUCUUUAAGGUGUUCGAGCGGCACCGUUGGCCAGUCGCUCAGUUGCCGCAACAGAAGGCAAUUCUCUCUGUCUCUGGGGAUGAAAGUUUUCUAGGAAUGACGUGAUUUCCGCAUUUGGCGCGUACCGUUAUUAAUGUUCAAUGUUGUUAGGUUGACAUAACACAUUUGACUGCUGGCAGGCCAUAUUAAAUAAAAUGCUAACCAUGGUUAGCGUUAGCAUAUCAAGUCACAUGAUCAUAGGUAACAUUAGCAUAUGGAAGCCCCACAUUCAUAUAAGGCGGCACGGCGGCUUAGUGGUCAGCACUGAUGCCUCGCAGCAAGAUCAUAGGAUCACUUCCCGCCCUUUUUGUGUGGAGUUUACAUGUUCUUCCUGUGUUAGCAUGAGUUCCCUCCAGAUGUGCCAGCUUCCUCCCACAUUCAAAGACAUGCAUGUUAGAUGAAUUGGAAACUUUAAAUUGACCAUGUGAAAGUGUUUGUCUGUCUAUAUGUGGCCCCUGUGACACACUGGUGUCCUGUCCAGGGUGUACCCCACCUCACACCCUAUGACUGCUGGGAUAGGCUCCAGCUCCCCUUUGACCCUUAAUUGGUGUAAGUGGGUAUAGAAAAUGGAUGGACAUUGAUAUAACCUUUUUCUGAGCCCCGGCAUCUUUUUUGUCCAGCUGUCUCUCAGUACUUUAAGUUGAAAAACUGAACUUUUCAGAAAGGUGCUGUCAUCACUGUAGCACCUUUUCAGGCAAUAAAUCAGAUUGGGCAAAACUUGUCACUCUAACAUGAAGAGAAGCUUGCUUGGCUAUCUCUGUCCACAGUCGGCUGAUACUCAAACAAAAUCUAUCACAACAGAAACAAACAAAAAAAGCCUUUAGCACUGUUAGUAGAUUGUACAGAUGUUAUUUCCCUGCUGAGAGUGAGUGCUUUUAUCAGCAUAUACAUUACAAGCUAGUUGGUCACUGUUUGUAGUUGUCACUGAAACAAUUCCCCCUAGGAGUGCUUUUUAUUUGUAAGAAAAUGCUGGAAUUAAAUUUUUCUUGGUGCCCUUUCAGCAGUUUUCUACCAGAAGGGGGGGGGGGGGGGGGGCUUCAUGGCUACGUGGCUUAUGCUGCUAGGAAGUCAGAAUUUCAAAUUCCAUCCUUUUCCUUUUUUUCAUUUCAGUUCAAUGUAGAAAGUGGGAGAAAAACAAUGGUUGCCUCCCGUUUUGCUUUGUUUUUGUUUGUUUUUCCUUCUUACAACAAAUGCUUGUCAACAUACAUAUAAUUUAGUGAAGAAACACACACAUCUUCAACCACUUGUCCAAGACGGGGGGGGGGGGGGCAAGUGAAGAAACAGAUGAGUGAAAAUGUUACAUUGUCUAAUAUUUAUUAGCUCAAAAAAAAAAAAUUUAAAAAGCC